GAGGCUUGUUCGCCCUGGGGGCCAGCUUCAUGCCGCAGUCUCCUCGAUGGCUUGUUUCCAGGAGAAGGUACAAAGAUGCCUUGGACACCCUGCGCCAAAUACGCGGCAAGAACGAAGACGUGAGGCACGAGCUGGCGCGCUGCUACAAGGAGUUCAGAAGAGAGAGGGCAACUGGCAAGCCAACUUACAUCGAGUUCUUUACUGGCGCUAAUGGGAAGGUUUUGCUGAUCGGAGUUGUAUUGCAGCUGCUACAACAAUUGUGUGGUUUGAAUCUUUUUAUGUACUAUGGGCCGACGGUCUUCAAGAAGAUCUUUCACGCCCAACGUGCAUCCUUCCUCUUCUCGGCAUUGUCCGGCAUUGUCAACUUCGUUAGCACCUUUCCAGCGCUAUGCUUGGUGGACAGGGUUGGCCGCAUGACCCUUCUCUUCUUCUCAGCCAGUGGCAUGGCAAUCUGCUGCAUCGUCCUUGCUGUCGUUGGACAUGCUUGCUUCAAAGAUGAUUCAGUGCAAUGUGGAGACGCAGCCAAGUAUGCAAUGGCAGGUGCAAUUUUCUUCAAUAUUUUCAACUUCGCCUACGGCUGGGGCCCUGUCGUUUGGAUUUACUGCUCGGAGAUUUUCCCCUUGAAGUACAAAACGAAGGCGAACGGCUUGACGACGGAUGCCAACUGGGUAGGCAACUUCCUGAUUGGCUUCGCGCCUCCUUGGCUCAUUGCGAACCUCGGCUUCAAAACGUUCUGGAUAUUCGCUGCCAUCAACAUUAUUGGAGCCAUCAUGAGCCGCAUGCUGCCGGAGACGAGGGGUAAGUCACUGGAGGAUAUCCAGCUGAUGUUCCAUGCGUGGUUCCAUGGAAAGGAGAUCCCCCCGGAGAUGUUGUGCGGAGAGGAGGAUGAUUCCGAAAGUGAGUCGGCUGAGCUGGGAUCGUCGUCGUGAAUUCGCGGGUUUGUUCGGUCUUAUGAACUUGUCAUGCGGCCGGCGAGAAGCGCAAUCUGGUA